CGCGAAAUCCCCGAUAACGCGACGCGCGCUCCCACCCCAUGCUCUGAAUGGGGGUCUCUCAGUCCAGCUCCUGACAGCGAGCCCAUAGUCCAGCAGUGAUAAACCGGAGACGCCAACGACGGUCCGCGCAUCCAAGACGCACCGCGGUCAGACGCAGACGCACCGCCGGUUAUAGACCAACAAGUCACCUGCUCCACCGGUAAUAGUCCACGUUCAUUCAGGUAGUGUGCUCGUGCACCCGACAGUCCCAACUAGUUCGGUCCAGAGUAACGACUCUUCUUAAGUGUUCUGACGGGCGGAGCUGUCUCUGUCUGUCCAGGAAUGAGAGAUGAUGGCCGGCUCUACAGCAGAGGAGAAAACCUUCCGACGUUUCCUGGAGCUCUUUCUCCGGGAGAUGAGAAUGCCUCUGCAGGAGAGCGACCCGCCGCCGAUGCGCCCGUUGUCGGACCUGGUGACCGAGGACGAAGUGGAGGGGGAAUGCCUCGACCUGUGUCUCCAGCACCUCUACAAAUAUAACUGCCCGUGCUCCCUGGCUGCAGCGCUGGCCAGAGCCACAGCAGACAGCCUCCUGCAGACCGACCUCUCCAUCCACCACCUCAAUAAGACUGUGGAAGAUGGAGCUGACCCGUUACCACAGAUGGAGUCUGUGAAGCUGGCCUGGCUGGUGUUCAACCAGCUGUUUGAGAUUUGCUGCCUCUGGCUGAAGGAGCUGCCUUUCCGACGCCGUCCACAGCCGUACUACGAGACCUCCAUCCACGCCAUCAAGAACAUGAGGCGCAAGAUGGAGGACAAGCACGUCAUCAUCCCCGACUUCAACACGCUCCUCAACAUUCAGGAUCAGGAAGAACAGGCUUACUUUGCUGUGUUUGACGGCCACGGCGGCGUGGACGCGGCCAUUUACGCUGCCAACCACCUCCACGUCAACUUGGUCCAACAGGAAUGCUUCAACCAGGACCCGAUCGAGGCGCUCUGCGGGGCCUUCAGAGUCACCGACGAGCGCUUCGUGAAGAAGGCCUCACGAGAGCGUCUGCGUUGCGGCACGACGGGCGUGGUGACGUUCCUUCGGGGUCGGACGCUGUACGUGGCCUGGCUGGGAGACUCCCAGGUCAUUCUGGUCAGGAAAGGACAAGCGGUGGAGCUGAUGAAGCCACACAAACCAGACAGAGAGGAUGAGAAGCAGAGGAUCGAGGCUCUGGGAGGCUGCGUGAUCUGGUUUGGCACAUGGAGGGUUAACGGCAGUCUGUCUGUAUCCAGAGCAAUAGGCGACUCGGAGCACAAGCCGUACAUCUGUGGUGAUGCAGACCACGACAUCUUCCCAUUGGACGGUUCAGAAGACUACCUGAUCCUGGCCUGCGAUGGCUUCUGGGACACGAUGACCCCUGACGAGGCGGUGCAGGUCGUCAGCGACCACCUGGAGGAGAACACCGGAGACACCACCAUGGUGGCCCACAAGCUGGUGGCCUCGGCACGCGACGCGGGCUCCAGCGACAACAUCACCGUCAUAGUGGUCUUCCUGCGGGAUCCGCGGUCGCCACUGCCCACCGGCGCCGAGGACGAGGAGGAGGGUGUAGCGGACGAAGAGGCGGGGGAGGAGGAGGUCGCGGAGGUGGAGGAGGAGGAACCGGAAGAGGAGGAGGAAGACGAGGCGGUCAAGGCGGAGCGCGGUGAGGGCGGCAGCACUGCGGACAUCGGGGGGAAGGGUCGCGGCGGCUGGCCCAUGCAGCAGUGCUCGGCACCAGCUGACCUCGGCUACGAAGACCGAACGGACUCGUUCACGGACAGAACUAGCCUCGACCUGAUGGUGCCGUCGCUGGAGGGCCGCAUCUCCCUGAACUCACGGCAACCCUGCUCCGACUUUAGCCCCGACCUCCACACGGCCUCCCGUAUCUAUCGAGAAGAGCGCCCGCCGAGGCGCAGGUCCUGUAUCCCCUUUCAGGAGCCCGGCGUCUCUCGCUUCACGGACCCGCUGUGGCCCCAGGCGGCCACGCUGUUAGGCCAGGUAGUGAGGCAAAGCCACAGGCCCGGUUCUGGUACUCGACGGUGGGUCCGGAGGAGGCCAGGCGCAUCCAAGCAGCUGCUAGGCCUGUUACCAUCCGGCCACCUGCUGCCGCACACGCAGCACCACUCUGACCGGAGGCCCGGGGUGGCGACGCCACACCUGCCCCACGGUACCACCAUCUAAAGAGAGGUGACCCAAAACCAUCUCCUUCAUUUGUCCGGUCCUGCCCCUCAGCCCACCCCGACCCGCCUCAGCCUUCAACAACACGUCAUUCUUUGAUAGUAGGUAGUCGUGGUUAUUGAAUUUCAAAUGUAAGCCGGCCCACUACCACACACGCCCUGCUCCUUAAGCUGUAGGUAAAGCUAAAACAACCGCAUCCUCUCCAUUGUGACCAGAUGACAUGAAGCCAGAGCUGGAAAUGCAGGUUGUGUUCAGACUGAACUGGAGAUCCAGCUCACUGGAGUUUAGGUCUGUUGUGGACUACGACAGCUCUUCAAUGCCAAGACAAGCAAAAGUUCCCAUUUUCAGUCUGAACACACGCUUUAAGAUUAAUUGAAAUGCUCGGUCGCUCGACACUCUCGGCAGAGAUGUUGUUCUCGGGUACAUGCAGAGAGAAAGAUUUGAUCUCACCACUUAUUUAGUAUUUUGUUUCUAAUGAACACAAUCAUGUUUUUAACAUUACCUACUAGAUGAUCUACAUAGACGCCAAUAUCCAGACAUGUUCGUUACACUUAGAACAAGCUGAAAUGUUGCUGUGCUAAAGAAUCGGUUGGCUUUAGUUGACAAAGGAUUGAACCUUCCCCCAAACUGUUACCGCAUUGUACUCAUCUGUAGAAUUAAGAUUCCCCUUCACUGGAGCUAAAAUGUCCAGACCAAAGCUUACAAAACAGCCCUAAACUAAAAGUACACUAAAUACUUUUAUUUACUUCUAUUUAAUGUCGCCCAGGUGUAAAUACGACACAGUUCGUAUUUUGUCUUGAGACGGCCGUCGAGAACGUCAAGCGACCGAACAUUAAAUUAAACUAAUGGCGAAAGCUUGGCUCCCCUUUUCUCAACCACAGCAAUCCCUCGAUGGCAGAUGAAGUUCGUGGAGGAGGACAGAACAAUUGUAGCUCCUGGUUUUCUGGGACACAUGCUGUUCUUUACCCUUCCCCAUCACAGUCAAUGACCCAGCCAUUAUCCAGCCACAAUGUGUCUGCAGAUAAAAGCACUUAACACCGGAUUAUAAGAGAUUAGCAGUCACUUACAUGAAUAAGUGCUUCAUGUAGUCCAGUAUUCCAGAUGGGGAUAUACUCCUGAGAGAAAGUUGGGUUUGGGUUUUUAAAAAUGUAUUUUUGUUGUUGGGCCACAGAGCUAUUGGACAGUACUCCAAGUGUAUUCACUUUCACACUAAUCCCCAUUAGAAGUAUUUUCCAGCAGGCUUGAUAAGUGCAAACUAUUUAAUGUUGAGCCGGGAUAGUUGAAAGCUGCAGAACACGUGCCUUCCAUAUGUGUUACUAAAGCCGACUUCCUUUACACACAUUUUCACUAAUUAUGAAAUCCAUGUGUUGAUAUUAGCCAUUAAAAGGACAAGUCGCACGAAGACUCUUUGCCACUUUAAAGGAACAGUUUGGCGUUUAUUCAUUUUCUUAGAUGAGAAGUUUGAUACCACUCUCACGCGUCAAACUUAUAAGUAUGUUUCCCAACACAUCCUUUAAGUUUCGUAGCCAAUUCAAAUAACAUGCAAACAUCCCCGUCAUCAGCUACGUUAGCAAAGUUCAAACUCAAGUCUUUAUGCCACCUUCCACAUUCAUAGGUUUCAUAUACCCAACACGCAACAUGGUAGUUUCUCUUUAACGCUAACUCACAAUCAUAAUUAACGAAUGUAAUCAUCAAAUAAUACUGAUUUAUAUGAUAAAAACUAAUAUAGCACCCAUACUAACUGAUCUGUGCUUAAAAUACACACCUUAGCAUUACUGUAUCUAACCAUACUUAAUGACUAAACUAUACUAAACACUUGCUGUGAAACUAUGACAUCAUAGGUAAACCCCUGACCCACGUUUACCCCAAAGUUCUUAACUCUUGUUAUUUUCAAAAGUACUAAAAUAUGUUUUGGUUGCCUCUUAAUGCUAUAUAUUUAAAGUGACUGUUCUCUAAACCCCUCCCCCUACUUACUGUUGCUACAGCUGUCAGUCUUUCCGUUCAUUUUUAAAGUACUAAAAAAAUGCUUUGGUUGCUUUUUUAUGCUAUAUAUUUAAAUUUGUUGUGGUAGCAAGUGACUGUUCUCUAAACCCCCAAACCCCAUAUUUUGUCCACAUAUAAGACAGCGCAGAAUAAAACCAACUGCUAAUCGUAAGCAGCGCAAAAUGGUUAAAUUAUUGUACAUUCUGGCAGUUUUUUGCCGUUAUGGAUCAUACAUUCGGGGGUGGAGUUUACUGAGCGGUCAUGUUUGGACGCAUUAAUUAUCCCCUAACAUUCCCUAACAUAGUCAUUCCCCAAUUAUUUUGGUUGAUGCAGUGACUUUGCAAA